AUGUCUGGCAACGAGACAGAAGUGGUUCUAGACGCGGAGCAGUGGGUGCGAGAGGCGGAAGACCACAUCCGGGACAUUAGAAACCAUGUGGAUGAAGCACAAGUGUCUGAAAAGCUGACCAGCACGGACGCCGGCAUUCACAUUAAUAUCAAGACUAUCGAAGGCCUGUUAUUCUGUGUCCACCUGUCCACCAGUGGCAUCAGGGUGGUCGGAAAUUUGUUUGACGACUGUACUCAAGAAUCGGACAGCAACGAGUUCUUUGAAACACUGCACGCUCUGCUGGAUAAACUUAGUCCAAAAUACAGGCAGUCUUUUGGCAAAGAGCUGCAAGAGAAACUGAGCCGCUUUCAAGAAGAGCUAAAUUAG